UUUCUCCUGUUAUUUGAAGCUGGGAAAUAAGGAUAACACCCACACACCAUUCUUGUCCUGAAGUUGAAGUGCUGAGAUUACCUCUGGCUGGGUCUGGGGGACUCUCCCUGUAACCAGCUUUUGCAGGACCAAGGAUGCUGUGCUCUUCCCUGAACUGGUCAGAAUCUAGCCCCUUGGAAGCUCUGCUGUAUGCUUUGCCAAGAUGAAGUGCGUGUUGGUGGCCACUGAGGGCGCGGAGGUGCUCUUCUACUGGACCGACGAGGAGUUUGAGGAGAACCUCAGGCUGAAGUUCAGACAGUCAGAGAAUGAGGAAGAGGAGCUCCCUGCACUGGAGGACCAGCUCAGCACCCUCCUGGCCCCGAUCAUCAUCUCCUCCAUGACCAUGCUGGAGAAACUCUCAGACACGUACACCAGCUUCUCAACAGACCAUGACAAGCACCUCUGCGUCCUGCAUCUGUUUGGAGAGUGCCUGUUCAUCGCCAUCAACGGAGAUCACAGUGAGAGCGAGGGGGACCUCCGGAGGAAGCUGUGUGUGCUCAAGUACCUGUUCGAGGUGCACUUUGGGCUGGUGACAGUGGACGGCCAGCUCAUCCGGAAGGAGCUUCGUCCCCCUGACCUGGAACAGCGUGCCCGGGUGUGGAAGCACUUUCAGAGGCUGCUGGGGACUUACAGCCACCUGCGGGAACAGGAGCAGAGCUUCGCCGUGGAGGCAGUGGAGCGGCUGAUUCACCCCCAGCUCUGUGAACUGAGCAUCGAGACGCUCGAGCGCCACGUGGUUCAGGCUGUCAACUCCAGCCCGGAGCGGGGCAGUGAGGAGGCCCUGCACGCCUUCCUGCUUGUACACUGCAAACUGCUGGCUUUCUACUCCAGCCACGGUGCAAGCACCCUGCGCCCAGCAGAUCUCCUGGCACUUAUCCUUCUGGUUCAGGACCUCCAGCGCACCCAAGGCACCGCAGAGGAGGAUGAGAAUGAGGAUGUCAGCCCUCAGAGGAGACCCCUCAGCAGCCAAAACAUCCCAAUGCAGCAGGCUAGGAGCCAGAGCACCUCGGGCCCCACCAGGAAUUUGGAGGAGACGGACACAGACAGCAUCUCCCUCCCUGAGGAGUACUUCACGCCUGCUCCUUCCCCAGGCGAGCAGAGCUCAGGGAGCAUCAUCUGGCUGGAUGGUGGCACCCCACCCACCGAUGUUCUUCCGAUGGCUGAGGACACCCUCCAGGGGCUGGUGCCACACUCCCCAGAACCUUCCAACCCCAGAAGGAUCUUCCUGGAUGCCAAUGUGAAAGAAAGCUACUGUCCCUUAGUACCCCACACUAUGUACUGCCUGCCCCUGUGGCCGGGCAUCAACAUGGUGCUGCUGACCAAGAGUUCCAACACACCACUGGCCCUGGUCCUGUACCAACUGCUGGACGGUUUCUCCCUCCUGGAGAAAAAGCUGAAGGAGGGUCAGGAGCCUGGAAGUGCCCUCCGGUCCCAGCCCUUUGUUGGAGAUUUGCGCCAGAAGAUGGACAAGUUUAUCAAGAAUCGAGUUGGACAGGAGAUUCAGAGCUCCUGGCUGGAGUUUAAGACCAAGGCCUUUUCUAGAAGUGAAGCAGGAUCAUCCUCGGAGCUGCUCCAGGCCUGUGGAAAGCUGAAGAGACAGCUGUGCACCAUCUACCGGCUCAGCUUCCUGGCCACUGCCCCCAGCAGGGGAGGCCCACACCUGCCCCAGCACCUGCAGGAGCAAGCCCAGAAACUCAUGAGGGAGCGACUUCUGGACUGGAAGGAUUUCCUGUUGGUGAAGAGCCAGAGGAACGUCACCCUGGUGUCCUACCUGGAGGACUUCCCAGGCCUGGUCCACUUCAUCUAUGUGGACCGUACAACUGGGCAGAUGGUGGCCCCUUCUCUCAGCAGCAGCGAGAAGAUGUCUUCCGAGUUGGGCAAGGGGCCCCUGGCUGCCUUCGUCAAAGCCAAGGUCUGGGCUCUGGUGCGGCUGGCACGCAGGUACCUGCAGAAGGGCUGCACCACGCUGCUGUUCCAGGAAGGGGACUUCCGCUGCUCCUACUUCCUGUGGUUCGAGAAUGACAUGGGCUACAAACUGCAGAUGAUCGAGGUGCCUGUCCUUUCAGAUGACUCAGUCCCCAUCGGAGUGCUGGGAGGUGACUACUACAGGAAACUCCUGCGCUAUUACAGCAAGAGCCGCCCCUCGGAACCCAUCCGCUGCUACGAGCUCCUGACCUUGCACCUGUCCGUCAUCCCCACUGACCUGCUGGUGCAGCAGGCCAGCCAGCUAGCCCGGCGCCUGGGGGAGGCCUCCCGGGUGACCCUGCCCUAGGCAGGCUGUGCUGUCCUCUGCCUGAGGACAAUGUUGCUUGCAGGCAUUCCCCACAGCUAGGCCUCCUCCCAUCCCUGGCAGCCCUGGACCUCUCAGGGCUACCGCUGACUCCUCCACAUGGGCUAAUGAGCAAGCCUUCUCUGAAGGGAAGGGGAUGCCAUGCUUCUGUUGGCCUCCAGCACUGUGAGGUCAGAGAUGGCAACGCUUCCCUGGAGAGCCGCCUCUCUGGGUGCCCAGGAGAGCAGAAGGGGGGUCCUUAGUACUCAGGCUGUGUGACAUCACCCGCUUCCUACCAUUCUGAAUGGGGUAGCUGUUUCUUCCUCCAAGUGAAAGGUGCUCCCACCUGCUGGCCAGCAUUCCAGCUUGGCUACCUCCCCCUCCAACUCCCGGAGAAUCCUGUUUCUUCAUGUUUGAACUGGUAACACCUACUGCUCAGGGUGGUUAGGAGAAAACAGUAGGUGCUCAAUAAAUGUUGGUUCUUGUCAUUAUCCAA